GAAGGCUGGAGAGGGGAUCUCAACCGCUUCAGUUUACAGCAAUGUCUCGGCCGAUUCGCUCCUCGGAGGCUUAACGAACGAGCACAGCGCACAAAAUAUUGUAAUGCACAAAGAUGGCCAUCAAUUUCUCAGCCUCCUUUGCCGCGUGUCUAGCAGCGGGCUUAAAAGUUCCUCGGCAGUUCAUGUACUGCAUAGCACAAGAUGCAGGAGCGCCGUACGUGGUGUACAAGGACGGGCAUGGAGGCGGGAACGGGACGGUACCGGUGAGCCUGGCCGGAGGAGGCGUUGGUGGCGGAGGAGGAGGCGGAGGGGGAGCCAGCGCUAAUCCCCCGGCUCAGAACGGCAACCCGACCCCGGCCCCGCAGAACGGGAACGGUGGCCCAGAAUGGAACGAACCCUUUCCUUCCAGCCCGCAGGAGUCGGCCACCCCUAUUCAGCAGCCGAGCCCUUCACCGCCCUACCCGCAGCAGCAACAUACGCCGGCCAACAGUCUACCAGUUUCAGUGGAAGAAGAAGCCACUAAUGGAGGGGACCACGAGAACAACACCCAGGAGGACAUGCCGUGCGAUAUGGGGCCGGGUUCCGGUGGAGGAGGAGGCGGAGGCUACUAUCCCGGCCCGCCGAGGCACCACGUCCUCUCCCCGACCGCGUUCAUGUCGUACCUGAAGCAGCCGAUGGUCCUCACGUCGUUGAACUCGGGCGACCAAGUAUCCGAUUUCCACUCAGAAGUAUUCCGCCCAGGGAUGCCGGACCUUCUAGGUGGAGGGCUCAAAGGGGCGCCCAACGGGCCCAACUCGGUCCAGUCGAUGGGCGGCAAGUCCUGCGAACUUCGGCUCUUCAAGUGUCUCACCUGCGGCAAGGACUUCAAGCAGAAGUCGACCCUGUUACAGCAUGAGCGCAUCCACACGGACUCGAGGCCUUACGGAUGUACGGAAUGCGGUAAGAGGUUUAGGCAGCAGUCCCAUCUCACGCAGCACCUAAGAAUCCACGCCAACGAGAAACCGUUCGCCUGCGUCUACUGCGAAAGGACUUUCAGACAACGCGCCAUACUCAACCAACACCUCAGGAUACAUUCAGAUUUUGGAUCCUCGAAUAAAUCGAGACCGAACCAAAAAAUUCAGUUCGACUCGACGCCGAAAAAGAGGGAGAGCCGGGUACCUCUCAACGGAAAGGAUGUGAGCCCUCAUCUUCUGUACAAAAACGGCCAGCUUUGGCCGCAGGACGUCCCUUUUCCUCAGCAGGACAACAAGGACGGUCUUUUGGGCCUGGCCCACCACCAAGGAUUCGAUGGACAGCACGAUCCCGGUGCUCAGUGCUUCCCGGACGGCACUAUAAACCAAUUUCCUGCCUACUUCAAAGACGCAAAAGGUGUCGCGCAUGGUAUAAUUGGUCAGAAUGGCAAAGGGAUACCGGAGAUGAUCCAGUCGGGCCGUCAGGCCGGUAUGCCACUCUAUGUCCGCUGCCCCAUAUGCCAGAAAGAGUUCAAGCAGAAGUCUACCCUACUCCAGCACGGGUGCAUACACAUAGAGUCGAGGCCGUACCCUUGUGCCGAAUGCGGAAAACGGUUCAGACAGCAGUCGCAUCUCACACAGCACCUGAGGAUCCACACUAACGAAAAGCCAUAUGGGUGCCUCUACUGCGGGAGGAACUUUAGACAGAGGACGAUACUCAAUCAGCACGUCAGGAGCUGCACAACACAAAAAGAUCCAUACAGGAGAGAAACCGUACAAAUGCUCUCAAUGUGGAAAGGAUUUCAGACAGAAGGCGAUACUCGACCAGCACACAAGGACGCACCAAGGGGACCGGCCGUACUGCUGCCCAAUGGCAAAUUGCCGGCGGAGGUUCGCGUCGGAGCCCGAACUCAAGAGGCACGUCGACAACCACAUGAACCCGCAUGCGGGUAAGCGGAGGACUCUCUCUCAUCCGCAGCCGGUUGUCAAGCCGGAGCUGUACCUGCCACAGUGUUACACGCCGGCGGCUGCGGCCGCUGCGUUCCAACAACAGUAUUCCAUGUCACAGCUUCUCCAGCCGCCUCCGCAGAGCACGGCUCUGGUGCAAUAGGCCUUGACUUUUUCCUUGUCGUUACGAUAAACAUUUCUCGACUUGGAAUAUGUGGAAAAUCGUUCGUGCCUAACUUCGCCUACAUUCCUUUUUUUUUUUUAACUUCCCCCCUUCUGUUUUAGGGUCUUGGUAAAUGAUUUCACAUUCUUCCUGCCCCUCAUUUCAAUUUUUUAAACUAUAUUGUAAGUAUUGUGUGUAUGUUCGGUUGGGUGGAGUAAAGAAAUGUCGACCUCUUUUUUUUAACUUAAAAAAUGUCACUUUUUCAAAACUUUCUUAUUUUAAAAAAUCAAUGGUUGUUUCUUAACUAUAAAACCACCUCUAAUUCUAUAGUUUAGGGUAGAAAAUAAAUUUUAUACUUAACGAGGCCUAUCGAAAAAGUAAAAUUGUCUGGCUGAAAGUUCAGUUGGAAAAAUGCAACAUAGUUCUGUUGUAUGAGUUACAAACUUGUUCAGAAAUAUGCAAAAAGUCGUGUAUUAGACGAACAAAAGGAAUUAUCGUUACAUCCAAAUUUUGGUUUUGUUUAAAUCAUACCAUGGUGAAAAUAAUUUAAAGUUUCCGUCUGUUCUGGUGGUUUUAUACUUUUUAUUGACUCUUGUUUCAUUGUGUGAAAUUUUACAAAUUUCUCGACGAGGGAAAUAGUUCAAGUUUAUCAAUAAUUGAAAUCUUUUUUUACAUAGGAAAACGUGCCUUAUUAAAUUAUAUUAACAAAAAAUUAAAAAUAUGAUAAAGUUCGAAUGUUUAAUAGGUCGUACAUAGUCAUGACAUAAUCUGUGUUAAAUUAUGGAGGGAAACUUGUGUGUUUGACGUUAAUAAUACAAAAAUGGAAAGAUCUCAAGUAAAAAAUUAAAUUUGCGAUAGUUUAACCCCCCUGUUUAUCUCAAAUCACAAAUAAUUUCCAUAAGAAAAAGGGCAAAAACAAUAACACAGUAACAAAUCGGUAGAAGUAAGAAAUCCCUACCUCAAAUCCUUGAACCGGAAAAAUCUCAGGGACGUUACUAUUGAAACAGUGACAUGACAGACAGUGAUUGUUUUUAUGUACAUACGAUGUAAACUGUAUAUAAAAAAUACAUAAUAUGUACAAUUGUACAUAAACUUUAUGGAGAGAAAUUUUUUUCUGUUUAUAUAUUUUAUUCUUAUAUUAUUCAAAGGUUGAAAGUUUUAAAAAACUUUCUUUUUUACUGUUUUAAUUUUAUGUUUAAAAAGUUUUUUUAUAUUAUUUUAUAAAGCUUCAAGCUCAAAAAAAAUUUGUUUGCAAUAUUAGGUUUUAGUUGUACAACUUAGCAAUAUAAUAAAAAAUUAUAAAAUUUAAAAACAAAAAGAAAGAAAAAAAUGUGCCUAAAUAAGUUUAUCACAAAGGAGAGUCGGUCCUGUAUGUGUGAUAAUUAAAAAAAAAAAUGUGUCCGCACGAUUUUGUUUCAAAGAACAGGGUUCCAAACCGUGGACAGGAUGGCCAAAUGUACAAUCAUGAAUGUUAUAAAUACUAAAAA